AUGGAACUCGUCAACAAAACCGGAAAACGGAGACGAGGGAAAUGCAAAAAGUGGCAGGAUUCGCACAUAUUUCCACAGGACGGACCCCCACUUCCGGCUGUGGUCCCCCAGAGGAAGGAGGAGCCGGUGGAACAGGCCGAAACAUUAGUGCGGAUGGACCGACUGGGUCUGUCACCUCUACAUGUGGCCUGCCUUCACGGCCAACUGGCCACUGUUCAGCUGCUCAUUGAAUCUGGGCUGUGGUGGAUCAACAGCGCCGAUGCUCCUGAGGGUCAGCGGCCCAUUCACAUGGUCCUGAGCGGCCGAAGUGCACCCAAAACCCACGCCUGCCUCAUUUACCUGCUGGAGCACGGUGCUGACGUCAAUGUCACCACAGACUCUGGGCAGACCCCUUUGCACCUGGCUGCCUCAGAGGGCCUCCUGGACUGCACCCAGACCCUUGUACAAGCCGGAGCAGAUAUGUCAGCCCAGGACACCAUGGGAUGUACACCUCUGGAUAUGGCCCGCAUCUGGGGUCACAGAGAGGUCGCCAGGUAUCUGAAAAACUGCAUGUGGCAGAAAAAUAAGAGGAAGGAAAGUGAGGAAAGGAAGCAAGUUCAGGUUUUAUACAGUGAACUGGUGGAUACGGUUAAACUCAACAAAAGGGCCCUAAACAAAGACAAAGUAGCAGAGUGGAUGAAAACCAAAGGCUUACCCAGUAUAAAAGAGGACGCACCCAGAGUUCUGGUGGGUCAGAACCACAUCCAGUGCCUCCCAUCGGAGCAGAGCAGCCCCAACCCAAAACCUGCCAGAGGUAAAUAUGAGCACCAACCAUGUGGAUGUCCAGAGGACAAGCAUGCAGAGUCCACUCUUACCCCAGCACCGAGGCCCUGGACCAUCUACACCGGUCUAAACCCAGCGAAGCCCCUCAUGGAGCCGAACCUCCAGGACAAAGUGUCAGUGUGGAGGGACCGCAUCAGUGGGCAGACCCAGUACACCACUGAGUGGAACGCCACCCCAUGGCCAGCUCCAAACCUGCCUCUGGAUACCAUCGAGAGGGUGUUUUUCCCCAGAGCCUACCCCCCCAGGAUCGGGUCUCUAGCAGACUUUGAGCCCCGGAAUAUCCUGAAAGUCCAGCACAGGGGGUACCCCCCAGGCCGGAGCACCUCCCCCUGGACAGAGGUGGCCAUGCACCUGGCUGAAGAACUGGAACCUGGACACUACUGAGCUCCAUAUCCUGGCCCAUCACACACUGGACUGCAGGACCUUAAACCACAGCUGUAUCCAGUGGAUGGGUGGAAUAUCUGGACUAAAGCUAC